AUGUCAUUAACACUAACCACCAGAGUAUUAAAGUGCAACUAUAAGAAUAUAGCUAAUUUAUGUCAAGUAUCUUAUACAAUGUCUACUCAAAAUAACUGGAAUCCUAACUUAACACCAGAACAAUUAUACGUUUUAAGGGAUAAGGGAACAGAAAGGCCAAACACAGGGAAAUAUCUGAAGAAUAAAGAUAUUGGAAUAUAUUACUGUGCAAACUGUCAUUCUCCAUUAUAUUCAAGUGAAACUAAAUUUGAAUCUGGAUGUGGAUGGCCGGCCUUCUAUGCAGAGAUUAAUCCUGAUGCUUUACAAUAUAAUAAAGAUGAAACUUUGGGUACAGUAAGGACUGAGAUAUGUUGUAAUAAUUGCGGUGGACAUUUAGGCCAUGUUUUUGAAGGUGAAGGUUGGAAAGCACAAUUAGGUCUUCCAAAGGAUGUAAGGCAUUGUGUUAACAGUCUUUCUUUAGAGUUCAAGAAAAGGGAUGAGUAA